AUGUUCAUGCUCAUUCGCGAGGGGAACGCCGGUGGAGGAGGCAGCGCAUCAGGGAUCAGUGCGCCGCAGGAGAAAUCCGCUAAACAGGUUCAGGCAGCCAUCAAGAGAAAGGUUGAGAAACAGAGAAGGCGGGAGAGUGAGAGCACAUCAGCCAUUGAGGCGUUCGUGAGUGGUGCCAGGACGCCACGAGAGAGAAGACUGAGCAAGUUGUUCCCCGUUGAGAGAGUGAGGGACGAAGACGAGGAGGAGGAAGAAGAAGAAGAAGAAGAAGAAGAAGAAGACAUAGAGGAAGAAGAGGAAGAAGAGAUCAUGCAAGACGAGGGAGGACAAUCAGGGGAUCAGGGGGAGCCUGACCGAGCCGACCUGGUGCCCAUCGUGGACUCUGUUUUUGGCCAGGACAGAGACUUACGGCCAGAGGAAAUUGAAGAACUAAGGGAGGCCUUCAUAGAGUUUGAUAAGAACAAGACCGGCUUCGUCAACUGUAAGGAUCUGGGAGAGUGCAUGAGGACCAUGGGGUACAUGCCCACUGAGAUGGAACUCAUUGAGCUCAGCCAGCAGAUCUCUGGAGGUAAGAUCGACUUUGAGGACUUUGUGGAGCUCAUGGGGCCUAAGAUGCUGGCUGAGACGGCAGAUAUGAUAGGGGUGAAGGAGCUCAGAGAUGCAUUUAAAGAGUUUGACUCCAAUGGUGAUGGAAUGAUCAGCUUGACUGAGCUCAGAGAGGCCAUGAAGAAGCUGAUGGGCGAAACACUGAACCCGCGAGACAUCGACGAGAUCCUACGAGACGGCGACCUGAAUGGAGACGGACUUGUGGACUUUGAGGAAUUUGUCCGGAUGAUGUCUCGUUGACUGUAUCAGUCUGUAUCAAGAGUGAUAUAUUCUUUAUAACCACCGCUGAUGGAACAUGUCUUAAUAACUGGACAGAUAAUGAUUUCUCCUCGUUCUUUGGUCUCAGCAUCAGCAAUAAACCAAGCUUUAACUCUGGAAGA